AUGGAAGUCACUAGUGAAAUGGGACUGGCUGUAAACUGCUCCAAUGAGAUCCUGGGAAUCUUGCUGAGAGAGGAUAUUCAGGGUUGGACUAAAACGUCAGUGGGAAGUGGGAAGGAAGAAAAAGACAAAGGAACACAUUCGAGUUUAAAGACAAGUAGGAUACACAAAACACACUGGAAACAGAGACUUCUCAAAGACUGCUUUAGGCGAAGGGCGCUCGGAGCAUCUGCCUCGGUGUGGAAUGCCCGGGGCUCCUGUGCCAGGCGACCACCUGGACUACAAGCACUCGGGAGGGAAACGGGGAGCAGUGAGAAGAUUUCUCAGGGAGGAAAUUGCUCUCUGCUGCAGACCUCUUACAAGUUCAGCGUCCAACUUAAUCACCUCUUGGCCCCUGGCCACCAUCGCCUCCAUCAGAGCGGACGACAAAAACAGUUCAGUAGCAAUAAUGGGUAUCAAGGACAGUGUGUAACUGGAAUUAGUACACGGUCGCAGCCCGCUCCCCCGCGGUCACGGAGACGCCAGGACUUCGAAGGGUACAGAGCGAGCCCGAAAGCACCCGGAGCUCCUGUUGCCCUGCGCUAUGUCAAGACAGUGAGCAACAUCCCCGCGUGGCUACCACCGUGUCGAGCCCCGGGGGAGACUACAGCUCCCGACAGCCCCCGCGCCGGCCGCGCGCCCCCGCCCCUCGCGCGCCCCCGCCCCGCACGCCCCGGCCCCCCGCCCUCGGGCCUUAGGACGGGACGGGGAGGAGGGAGGGAGGGAGGAAGGGGCGCCUGCGACGGGAGGGAUUCUGCUGAGCGCGUGAAGCCUCGCUGGCGUCUGGUCCCGGAGUCAGACGCUGGCGGGCGCGGAGUUUCUCACGACCGGCGGAGCCCGCUUCUGCUGACUACAUUUCAGAAAGCAUCAACUUUUUCUCAGUGGACUCAUUCGUCAAAUGGAACAUGCCUAUACUAUUUUAAAAAGCUUUGUGCUUAAUCCUGGAAAAAUUAACUGCCCCAAAAUGAAAAUGAGGACAUUUGAG